GGAACCGCUACAGCGGCGGCAUCCUGAAGCAGCCGGAACAUAGUCGUGGCGGAACCUGAAGGAAGCCGUAUCUGGGGGCUGUGGAACCAAACUGCGGCGCCCACGAAGCCACCCGGACUCUGUUUGGAACGGAAGCGUAGCGGCCGCCGCUUCCUGCUUGCGGGUCGGCGCCGAGGGCCGGCCUUAGCCGCAGCGAUGUUACCCUACACGGUGAAUUUUAAGGUGUCGGCGCGCACCCUCACCGGGGCCCUCAGUGCCCACAACAAGGCGGCGGUGGACUGGGGCUGGCAAGGUUUAAUUGCUUAUGGAUGUCAUUCGCUGGUGGUAGUGAUUGAUUCCAAUACUGCUCAAACGCUUCAAGUUUUAGAAAAACAUAAAGCUGAUGUUGUCAAGGUUAAAUGGGCCAGGGAAAAUUAUCACCAUAACAUUGGCUCGCCAUAUUCCUUGCGCUUAGCUUCUGCUGAUGUCAAUGGAAAGAUCAUCGUUUGGGAUGUAGCAGCAGGAGUAGCUCAGUGUGAGAUCCAAGAGCAUGCCAAGCCUAUUCAGGAUGUUCAGUGGUUAUGGAAUCAAGAUGCUUCCCGAGAUUUAUUGCUUGCUAUCCAUCCGCCAAAUUAUAUUGUGCUCUGGAAUGCAGAUACUGGCACCAAACUCUGGAAGAAGAGCUAUGCAGAUAACAUUCUUUCUUUUUCUUUUGAUCCUUUUGAUCCCUCACAUUUAACUUUACUCACCAGUGAGGGCAUUGUAUUCAUCUCAGACUUCUCUCCAUCCAAGCCACCCUCAGGCCCUGGGAAAAAAGUGUACAUAUCCAGCCCACACUCCAGCCCAGCUCACAACAAGCUGGCUGCAGCCACAGGGGCCAAGAAGGCUCUUAAUAAAGUGAAAAUCUUAAUCACGCAAGAGAAACCUAGUGCUGAAUUCAUGACUCUCAAUGAUUGCCUUCAGUUGGCAUACCUGCCUUCCAAAAGGAAUCACAUGUCGCUGCUCUAUCCUCGAGAGAUUUUAAUCCUUGACCUUGAGGUGAAUCAGACAGUGGGUGUGAUUGCAAUAGAACGAACAGGAGUUCCAUUUCUGCAGGUAAUACCCUGCUUUCAGCGUGAUGGUUUAUUUUGCCUACAUGAAAAUGGUUGUAUAACCUUACGUGUUCGAAGAUCUUACAAUAGUAUUUUCACCACUUCAAAUGAAGAACCAGAUCCAGAUCCUGUCCAGGAGCUUACCUAUGAUUUACGAAGCCAGUGUGAUGCAAUCAGGGUGACAAAAACUGUCCGUCCCUUCAGUAUGGUGUGUUGUCCUGUCAAUGAGAAUGCAGCUGCCCUCAUAGUGAGUGAUGGCAGGGUUAUGAUAUGGGAACUGAAGUCUGCCGUUUGUAAUCGAAAUUCACGGAACAGUAGUUCUGGCGUGUCACCUUUAUAUUCACCCGUGUCUUUCUGUGGAAUUCCUGUAGGAGUGCUACAGAAUAAACUCCCAGACCUCUCCUUAGACAACAUGAUUGGGCAAAGUGCAAUUGCUGGGGAAGAACAUCCCAAAGGCUCCAUGCUGCAGGAAGUGCAACUCAAAUUCCUGCUAACAGGUCUGCUUUCAGGACUGCCCUCACCACAGUUUGCUAUCCGUAUGUGCCCACCAUUGACCACAAAAAAUAUCAAGAUGUAUCAGCCAUUGCUUGCUGUUGGUACAAGUAAUGGUUCUGUCCUGGUGUACCAUCUCACCAGUGGGCUGCUGCACAAGGAGUUAAGCAUCCACUCGUGUGAAGUCAAGGGUAUUGAAUGGACGAGUUUAACUGGUUUUCUUUCUUUUUCUACCUCAACACCAAACAACAUGGGAUUAGUGAGGAAUGAACUUCAGCUGGUUGAUCUUCCAACAGGUAGGAGCAUUGCUUUUCGUGGUGAACGAGGUAAUGAUGAAUCGCCCAUCGAAAUGAUUAAAGUAUCUCAUUUGAAACAGUAUUUGGCAGUUGUAUUCAAAGAUAAACCCCUGGAGUUAUGGGAUGUUAGGACCUGUACCAUUCUUAGAGAAAUGUCCAAAAACUUCCCUGCAAUAACUGCUUUGGAGUGGUCACCUUCUCACAACUUGAAGAGCCUAAGAAAGAAACAGCUGGCUACCCGAGAGGCCAUGGCCCGCCAGACCGUGGUCUCAGAUACAGAGCUGAGUGUUGUUGAGUCAUCUGUGAUCAGCUUGUUGCAGGAGGCUGAGAGUAAAUCUGAACUCAGUCAGAACAUCUCUGCCCGGGAGCAUUUUGUGUUUACCGAUAAUGAUGGCCAAGUUUAUCAUCUCACUGUUGAAGGAAACUCAGUGAAAGAGAGCGCUCGGAUUCCACCAGACGGAAGUAUGGGUAGUAUUACCUGCAUCGCUUGGAAAGGUGAUACAUUAGUUCUUGGAGAUGUGGAUGGAAAUUUAAAUUUUUGGGAUUUGAAAGGCAGAGUAUCCAGAGGAAUACCUACACACCGAAGUUGGGUGAGGAAGAUUCGUUUUGCCCCUGGUAAAGGAAACCAAAAAUUAAUAGCAAUGUACAAUGAUGGAGCUGAAGUAUGGGAUACUAAAGAGGUUCAGAUGGUGAGCAGUUUAAGAAGUGGAAGAAAUGUAACCUUUCGGAUACUGGAUGUGGACUGGUGUACAUCAGAUAAAGUGAUCCUGGCUUCAGAUGAUGGGUGUAUCAGGGUCCUGGAGAUGUCCAUGAAGUCCACCUGUUUUAGGAUGGAUGAACAGGAGUUAACUGAACCCGUGUGGUGCCCGUAUCUCCUUGUUCCAAGGGCCGCCCUCGCCUUGAAAGCUUUCUUAUUACAUCAGCCUUGGAAUGGACGGUAUUCUUUAGACAUUUCUCAUGUUGAUUAUCCAGAAAAUGAAGAAAUAAAGAAUCUCCUUCAAGAGCAGUUGAACUCAUUGUCUAAUGACAUAAAGAAACUCUUGCUCGAUCCGGAAUUUACUCUCUUGCAGAGAUGCCUGCUUGUUUCAAGGCUUUACGGCGAUGAAUCGGAGCUGCACUUCUGGACUGUCGCUGCCCACUACCUGCACAGCUUGUCCCAGGAGAAGGCAGCAAGCACACCAGCUGCUAAAGAAACUGCUCCUUGGGACAAAGUGAACAACCCACUAGAUAUAUGUUACGACGUGCUCUGUGAAAACGCCUAUUUUCAGAAAUUUCAGCUGGAAAGGGUUAAUCUCCAGGAGGUGAAACGGUCAACUUAUGAUCAUACCAGGAAAUGUACAGACCAGCUACUUCUCUUGGGUCAAACAGACAGAGCUGUGCAGUUGUUAUUGGAAACAAGCGCAGAUAACCAGCAUUAUUACUGUGAUUCACUGAAAGCCUGCUUGGUCACAACUGUCACCUCGUCAGGCCCCUCCCAGAGCACCAUUAAGCUCGUGGCAACUAAUAUGAUUGCCAAUGGGAAAUUGGCAGAGGGUGUUCAGUUGCUCUGCCUGAUAGACAAAGCUGCAGAUGCCUGCCGCUACCUGCAGACCUAUGGCGAGUGGAACCGGGCAGCGUGGCUUGCCAAAGUCCGUUUAAAUCCAGAAGAGUGCGCUGAUGUUUUAAAGCGCUGGGUUGACCACCUUUGCUCCCCUCAAGUGAACCAGAAGUCAAAGGCCCUCCUGGUCCUCCUCUCCCUGGGCUGCUUUUCCAGCGUGGCUGAGACGCUUCACAGGUCAUUACAGAAUAUUGAGAAGAGUUCCAUGUGCUAUACAGUAGGCUCUUAAUAGGAAAAAGGUAUAUAGUGGAGUUUUCCAGAGGUUGUAUGUUGUGUAAUGUUGCACUGGAGUGAAUACAGGAGCAAUGGUGAGAAUCUACCUGUCUUCUGUUAACCGAGAUCUUAAAGAGAUUUGCAAAACUGUAAAGCAAUGCCACUCUCCUAGGCUGAAAUUUUUGUUUUGGAGAGUAUCAUCGUUUUUCCUAAAAAUGUGUUAUGUGUGACUAUGUAGUGGGAUUAUUACAUUAUUUUAAAUGAAUUAAUAAAUAAAUAUUUAAAAUGUUUCAUAGUUUUAAUUUCAAAUAUGGGAAAUGUCAAUAGAUACAACUCAAAGUCAACAAAAGCUCUUUGGGGUCUUCGGUGAUUUUCAAGGUUAAAGAGGGUUCCGAGGCCAAGGAGUUUGAGAAUCAUAGCUUUCAACAGUAGGACGUUCACACUCCUAGCGUCUGCGUACACACCCGUGUGACUUAAAAGUCUAUUGUGUCCAUUAUGCUCCAAUAUAAAAUAAAAAUUAAAAUCAAUAAAUAAAACCACCAUGAAAUUAAAAAAAAAAUUGUCCGUUGUGACUAAAUAUCCUUUCCUACCUCCAGGUCAGAAUUUGGCAAACUUUUCUGCAAAGCAUCAGAGAGAGUAAAUAUUUUAGGCUUUGUGGGCUGUACAGUCUCUGUAGCAACUACUCCACUCGGCCGCAGGGUCACAAAGUCAGCCAACAAUGGUCAGGAAUGAAUGGGAGCGGCUAUGUUCCAGUGACGUUAUUUACGGACACUGAAAUUUGAGCUCUGUAUAAUCCUCACGUGUCACAAAAUAUUAUUCUUCUGCAAAUAUGUUUCUUCUUCCCCAUACAUAGAUUUAUAAAUCAGAUUACAUCCUUGUUUCUGACUUUUUCAUUCUGGAAAUGGGAUGAUGCGGGCAGCAUCCCCACUGUGCUCAGUGCCAUUGAUGGCCUUCAAAUUCAGUGUGUGAUGAAGGUCAAGGGUGUGACCUGGGGCUUGCUUCCGAGAGGGUAUGUGGAAGCUGGGUGCUUGUGCCUCAGACAGACUCCUGUAAAGAGCCAGCCAAAAGCGGGGGUGGGGGAGCAUACAGGUUAAAGAAAGAGGAAGCAGAAAAGUUCAUUAUGCUG